AUAAAAAAUAAAAACAUAGUACAGUUGCCAUAGGUUAUUAAUUUUAUCCGAAAAAGUGAAUUUGUGGUACUACAAAAUCGAAUAUUGAUAAAAGUAUAAACUGCACUUCAUUUCAAUACGAGUUCGUGCCUUAAGUCUUUUACCGUCAGUGCCUUGUAUGUGUGUUCACUUAUUUAGCCUGCAAGUUCGCUGUCUAAGUCGUUUGUUUUCAUUCAAUGCAUAUCGAAAUACAUACACAGGCACAUAUUGCUGCAACGUGACAUUUCACGCGCGUUCUCGUAAUAAAAGUUCAAAUGUCAUUAAAACGCAAAAAUCCACAAUUUAAUUGAAUCAAAACGACAACAAAAGCAAAUAAUAGGCAAAAUAUGUUGUUUAUUUAAGUAGUUAAGUACAAUAACAAAAAUCAACAAAUGUUCAUAGUAAACAAAUCAAGGUGUCAUUAAGUGUCAACCAGUCAUCGCGUCGAUAGACAGCAUCACACUAUAACCGUAAAAAUUACGCAAGCAACAAUAACCACAGCGACAGUAAUAGUAAUUAUAAUAUUUAGCUGUAAAAUAAGUGAAAAUUGCCAGUAAUAUAACGGCAUUUUUGCCAGAAAUCAAAUUUAUAGCAGAACAAAAGCGUUGCAAUAAUUUCAAUUCAAGUUUUAAUAAAUGCAAUAAAAAUUUGUACAUCAAAAUUUUACAUCAAUCAUUUUAAUUCGCAUACCAGCAAUAAAAAGUUUCAAAUGACUCUUUGAGUGGAAAGGAUGCGUCAUUUAGCUGAGUAAAGUUUAAGUAAAAGUAAAGACUUGAAGAUAAACUAUUAAAAGUGCAUAAAACAAAGUUUACGCAAAAAUGUUAUUCGCCUACGCAAACACACAUUUUUUAAGCCGCUUGCGACUACAAUCAUUCGCAACCAUUUUUCUAACAUUUGCUAUAUUUGCGCUACUCAUCACUUCCAGUCACCAAUCCAGUGCGCCGGAUUACGAUAGCGAAAGUGUUGGUGGUGGUGAGUUGGGGUUCAAUGGCGAUGACGGCGGUGGUGGUGGUAGUGGCGCCAAUAGCGAAAUAACGAGUGGUAAUGAUGAGAUUUAUGAAACAUCUGUUCUACAGCAGGACAUGGAUGAGCAUGGAAAGCGUAAGAAGCUCUUAGAGGAGAUGGACGAGGGCGGUGAGAAUGUAGACUCUGUAGCUGCACAAAUCUCACAGCCACCACAAAAUGAAAUGAGUAAUGAAUCAAUGAACAUAAUACGGGCACAAGCGCGUACUGAUGACAUGAUGACGGACUCUGAGGAGGACGAGAUGUUGGACAGCAGCACCUUAAUGAAUGGUGGCGCAGCAAAGAUGCCAAUAGCAUUGCCACCAACUGUGAUGCCCAACUCAAUGAACACAAUGAUACCGGCUUAUGUGCGAAAAGGUAAGGCUGAACAGUUUCCACGCACCAUAACUAGCGGUAGUGUAUCGGUUGAAGAAGCAGACGCAAGCGUCUCGACUUCCGACUAUGUGGAAGAUGAAGAACACUUGAAUGAGAGAACAAAGAAGGCAAAUAAAAUCAAUGCAAUCGCAAUGAAAUUAUAUCAUCCCGCCGAAACGGAAGAUAAUACGCUGAAGGAACAGCAACUGACACCACCACCAUCACAACAACAACAACUACAUAAGCAAGUGGCUAUGCCGCAACCGCGGAAACAGCAUUUACAACCAAAUAGCUCAGAUGAGGACUAUUAUGAGGAUCCACAAGAUAGCCUGGAAAAGCAGCAGUUACAUCAUAGUAAAGGAGGUGUGGUGCGGCCAAUGGCGGGGCCUGCUUUGCCACUCACACCUUCGCCGCCAGUUUCAAAGCCAACACCAACACCAACGCCUGCACAGGCAUUAUAUACGCCGUCCAGUGUUAACCAAGCACAACUACCAAAUUUAUAUAUGGCGCGUGCACAACCAGCUGUCGCACAGGCACGUGGCGCCGGUUGGACUACAAAUGGCCCAUUAUUAAUGGCCGCCACAGCUACGCCAACAACUGUCGCAAUACCUGUAUUUGGUGGCGAGAACUCUAUCGACGUUAACAUGCCUAGCAUUGCGGCAACCACCAACUCGGCAAUGGCAACAGGUUUCGAUACAGAAUCGGCGGUAGCUGCUUCACCGACUACAACAUUGACACCGACAACAACAAUGCCAAUAACAACUAUACGCCCUGUAGGCAAGCAGGGUAAACAAAUAAACAUACCACGCCGCCGCAAACUACUGCCACACGAACAAUUACGCAACUACAUUGAAGAUGCCUACAUACGGAUGCCGCUGGCUGUUAUUGUUGAUCCAUCGGCAGAUGCGCUGGAAAAGACGAAGGCGCUGUGGCGUGACGCGCUACGCACAAAUCUGAAUAUAAAAAUUGUGUUGGUCUCACUGAAUGCCUCAGGCAUCCCGGCCGCCUAUAGCUUCAACAAUACGCGGCAAUUCCUCGCCGGUUUGAACAGCAUCAAAGUACACGACGGUGGUAAUUCUUUUGUAGGUAUUGUACAUGCCUCCGAACUGGUGCCAUAUGACAGCGCUGUGUUUAUAUCCACUGCAGUGAUACCACCACACACCGAGCUGGUGCAGGAUGCAGCUAUAACGCUGUUGAAAAAGCGCAUUAGGCUCUACCUUAUCUGGUAUGGCGAGCGUUCGGUAAGUGAAAAUGAAACGCAGGAGGCUGUGGGAGGCAUACUUGGCGAGGUGGCCAUACGCUCGGGCGGUGAAGUGCUUCAUCUUGUGGGUAGUGAAAACUCGCAAGAGCUGGAGGGGAGCACGCUAACACUUGUCGCUGACGCUUAUGUGGGCACUCAGGAGGUCGAUAUACCCGUCGACACGACUCUAUCCAGCUUACACGUGAAAAUUGAUGCACCCAUGCGAACGGCUACGAUGGAGACGCCCAACGGUGAUAUUAAUUUAAAGAAACUGGUAAAAUUUAAGUCACAUAUUCUUACACUUGGAGCGGACGAUCACCGACUAGAUGCUUAUGUACCUCUGAAUAAACUACGCAAAGCCACUGUUUAUAAAUUGAAAAUGGUUCCAGACUCCCUGAAUGAUGAGUAUAAAGUUUUUGUACGAGCCGAACGCAAAUCUGAUCUAUUUCUAGAUGAUCUCAUUAAACGCUUUGACGAUUAUCUUAUUCAAGGUCGAAGCACAUAUCCCUUACGUUUGCAUGAUUCACGUUUGAAUAGUUUAACAGGAGCAUUUACCGAUAAAACUAUAAUCACGCACAGCAAUUUACGUUUCGCUAACGAUGAAGAACUUGGAGCAAUUUCGGCUGAAACACCUACAUUAGACAUAGCAUCUGAACAAAAACCAAAAAAUCAGGUUGAAACCUUUUCCGAUAUUGAAAUACAUAACCACCCGGUGAAUUCAUCUAACCACACAGGAGUGCCUACCGCAAUAAUAAAUGUAAAUACUAAUCCUAAUGGCGUAACACGCGGAGCAACAGCCACGUUGUUACAACGCGAUGUUACGAAAAUCGAAAUGGGCCUGCAAUCGCAGCUGCUUUUGGCUCCAGGCACGUUGGGCACACUACAGUUUGAAGUCACUAACACUCGCACAGAAGCGAUUUAUCACAAUAUACAGGUAGUUGACGAAAGACGAUUUCUUUUGCGCCUCAAUCCGCAAAGUAUUUUUUUGCGACCUGGAGAAAUGACAACAGUUACUGUAACAGUUUUAAUACCGAAUGGCACACCUCUGGGAACCAUUGAUAAGAUUAUAUUCACCUGCCAUGGUGGUGGUACCUCAUCGUUGUCACUUAGCUUGAAGGUUGUGAGCUCUUCUGCAAUUGACGAACAGGACACAACAGCACCUUCUGUUUCGUGGACGUUUGGCAGUCGGUGUGAGAACGUUAAAGCAGGGUCAUCCAACUGCGCUGAACAAUUUUGGACACUAGACAUAACGGCACAAGAUUGGCAAACGGGCAUUUUGCGUUUGCAAACUUUACCUUCUGGUGGACUGCUGUAUCGAAAUGGGUAUACUGUAGGUUCUACAGAGCCAUUAAAAGCUACUUACAUAGCAACGUGUUGUGAACCAAAAGUGGCAGUUACAGCAUUCGAUGUUACAGGCAAUCAGCGUUCAUACAAUAUAGAUGUACGCGAUCUAGUGCUCAAUGAAGCUGCUAUAGCUGCCAUAGUACUAGGCUCACUGUUGCUCCUUCUCUUGAUUAUACUAUUGAUUUGGGGAAUUGUUUGGUGUUGUCGAAAACGCCAAGUUUCACUAGACCUACCCACAUACCUCUCACAUUCCACACGUAGUAUGGAGUAAAUUUAGAAUAAGGGAGAAAAAUAAAUGAUAAGAAACAACUU